AUGGCUUGCUGUGGCACCAUCCCGCUUAUCUACUUGCAGGCCAUGGGGUACAUGUGUAGUGCAAGCUUUGGAUUCACGAUUGCCUCCAACUCCUUGUACAAUCUGUUGGCGAUCUCCUGCGGCUGGUGCCUGAGGCGGGCCCUGAAAUCAGAGGAUCUACAGCUCGCCUUCCGGAAGCUGUGUCGCUUCGUCAACGAUAUCGAGUUGGACUGGCAGUGGAAACUUCUAUCGUCGAAAGAACGUUGGCGGUAUUUUUCAGCUUGGCUGCUACUGCUCGCAUGCGGCAUUGCGACAUGCGGCCUCGAUGUCUGGAUCGUCUUGGGCACUUGUGAUGGGGCCGGUGCGAGCCCUAUCCACAGCGAGGUAGUUGUGGUUGUGGCCGUGUGCACCUUCAUCAGCUUCACCAUGGCUUCCGGAAUGGUAAUGCUUCUGGCAUACGUGCAAUCCAACCUGCUGCUUGGACUGGAUCAAAUUCUGGACUGCUGGGUGGGCGACAUCGUCAACACCGCAGACUUCAUCCCUGGGGUCCGGAGUUGGAAUUCCAUCCAGGCGUUGCUCAAAAGCGCCAGCCGAGAGUUGGCGACGAGCUUUGUGAGUCUGCAGGUCUGCGGAUCCCUAGGUCUCAUGAUCUGGCUGACUGGGAGCCUGACUUUCCUCUGGCGAAGCCAGCCAGCAGCCCUUCCUCUGGCAGUGGAGGUUGCGUCUUCCUUGCCCCUCACCUUCCUCUUCUUGGUGGCAACGCGGCUCUGUGCGCACGGCGCGGCGUUGACGGAGAAGUGCCGAAACAUGCCGGCACUUGUGAAUCAGAUCCCGGGGACUUCCGGGAGCAUCGACGUGAAUCGACAGUACCUCGUUCGGUUCAUCACCGACAGCGCGGCAGGCUUCAUCGUGAAAGGCGUGACGCUGACGCAAGCCAUUUUCCUUCGCCAGGUCUACUUUUUAGGCACCCUCUUCUCGGGGCUGCUCGGCGUCCUGAUCCGGAUCUACCUUUAA